AGCGCGCGUGCAGCACGCACACGUGUGCAAGGAGGAAGCACCCGCUGUGCAGUGUGUGGCAAUUGGACAUAACUCCUUCUCCGCUGGGAGAGGCAGAGAAGCAGGCGAGUCCUGGGCGCAAGUUGAGCACCACAAACGCAGGAGGGGCCCUGCUGGGAGAGAAGAAGGACGAGCAGCUAGGUGUGAGUACGGGAGAGGCAAGAAGACGCCGGGAUUGGCUUGCCCACCUCCUUUGUGCACAGCGCAGAACUACGGGAGAAUGAGGGAGUGGAGCUAGGCCUCCACACCCACACGGAGGACCCCCGCCCCCCCCGGCAGUGCUCCUCGCCCACCUCCCAGCCAUGUCCUUUGCCAUGCUGCGCUCGGCCCCCAGCCGCUUCCUCUACCCCGAGAUCAGCAUGCUCUCAGAGGACGAGGAGAACGGAAGCGAAAGCUCAGGCUCAGACGAGAAGCCCUACCACCUGGAUGCCGGCGGGGGGUACAGCCUCACAAGCAUCAAGCGCAGGAGCAAAAAGGCCAACCGGAUCAGCAGGGAGCCCCGGCAGCGCCACACGGCCAACGCGCGGGAGCGGGACCGCACCAACAGCGUCAACACGGCCUUCACCGCCCUGAGGACUCUCAUCCCCACCGAGCCGGCCGACAGGAAGCUCUCCAAGAUCGAGACGCUCCGCCUGGCCUCCAGCUACAUCUCCCACCUGGGCAAUGUCCUCCUGGUGGGGGAAGCAUGUGGAGACGGGCAGCCGUGCCACACCACCACGUCAGGCUUCUUCCACCACAGCAGCAGCAGCGGCAGCAGCCCACCCAUGAGGGAAAGCGAACAUGCCCAGCCCAAACAGAUCUGCACUUUCUGCCUGAGCAACCAGAGGAAGAUGAGUAAAGACCGAGACAGGAAGUCGGCGAUUCGGAGUUAAAUGAUUAUGGAUUCAGGAAGGAGGAGGAGACUAUGAGGGGAAAGAUAAAAAGCCACACACAAGCAAAAACAAAGACCCUAUCUUCCGGCCUUCGCCCUGCCCUGCCGCUGCCACCUGGAGCUCUGUGGUUCUACCCAGGAUGAACUGACGGCAGUCUGUCCCUGAGGACAGAGGCUGAGUGUCCUCUCGGUCUGGCUUUGCAGGCAAGAAAAGCAGGCUUUCAACUGCAAAGAAAAGCAGAACUCUGAAGGACUGUGCUCUGCAGUGCUGGGAGGCCAGCCAGCCAGGAGCCAUCGCAGCAACAGUGGUCCUCCACCCACCCCACCUCACCCCACUCCAUCCUGGGAGGAUGCACGCUAGAGAACAAUUCUCAUGGACCUGAAUCCUGCUGGGAGAGGAGGAAGCUGUCUCCCUUUGGGGAAGGCAAGGAGGCGGCUUGCAGCACAUCCCCUGGACUUGUGCCUUCCAUUCUACAGUGAUGUUCUCCGCCCUGUACUCAGAACCUUGGGUGGGGUUACAAUCAAUACAUGC